AUUUCUUUUUGUUCGUGAAAUAUUUAAAUAAUUCAAGAGAAUAAUCUGUUUUAUUCAUUUAUUUAAUGUUUGUGGCAUUCAGUGAAAUUUAUUUAAUGAUCAGGAAUUUUUUUGCACAGUUAGUCUCAGGGCCACCAUAGAUAGGCUCGUACUGGACAAUGCAAAUCUGUUAACCUUUCCCAAAGAUGCAAUUUUAUAUAAACAAUGGUCCAAAACUAAAAGUAUUUCCUGGAUAAAACUAAAGGAUAUCAAAUAUAUUUCUCAUGGUUGUGCAUUCAUUUUCAACUUUUUCCUGUUUUAUCUUGUUGGCCGCCUUGCAUGGCACUGAUUUUGUGCAUGUAUUUCAAUUGUAAUUAGAUGAAAAGUCAUGUAUUUUACGCUUUAGGAUUCUUCUUCUCUGCCUGCCCAUGUCACCAUUCCCAUCCUAAUAAGCACUGUUUGUCUCUUCUGUUGACAGGAGCUGCAGAUGCAUGAGAGUCUUGUCUUUCCUGCACUCUCUGAUUCUCGUACAUAUAUCUGAGUUUGUGAAACAGUCCUGGCGACGCACGGAGAGCCCCGGGGAUUAUUGUCAUAGCCAACCCCGAUAUUAUAGAAUUACAGUCAGACAGAGCGACUCCUGGUGCUGCGCGGACAAUUACUCUGCGGCCUGGAGCUCUGUGGAAAAGCUGCAUUAGAGGAAAAACCCUCAGUCUAUCAGAUGCUGCAAAACAGGGAAGUGUUUGCAGAUAAUGUGUCAAUACCAAGCAAAGUAGGCACAGCGGGGCUCAGAGGGGGUCCGAGCCGGCCUUAUUAGACAAUUCCUCUCCAAUAAGAAAUUCAGCAUGGGUGCAAAAACUUUCAAUUUCAAUGUUUGCCCUAUUUUGGGACCAUGUGAAUCUUGCUUGGUCUACAAAUCUGACUCUGGUUUCUCUGGGUUGGGGAAAGCUUUGAUGUUGCUGUGAGCGUACUGUAAAAUCUUCAAAGUCCCUCUGGAUCUGCAGGAGCUGUCACAGAGAAACCACACGUUCAUAUUAGAUUUCUAAAGCAAAGACAUUAAACAGUGUGAUGGCUUUUUGGCACCUUUAUCCUGGAGCAUUUUACAGCGGCGUUUGGCUCCCUCUUGUGGAUUUUUAACUCCCUGCACUGUGAGAGCAGGCUUCGCGGUGGAUUAUCAGCUGCUGCCAUCUUGUGGUUAAAAGUAUACUGCACAUAAAAACUUUGGUGUGGAGGUGAAUGUGUGUAACAGAGUUUGCAACUCGUGCGAGGCGGCACAAGGUGGUAGUGUGCGUCCACAAGAGAGGUUUCUGGACUUGAUCUGAACCAGGAUGUUAAAAUCUAAGGCUGUGGGCUAAACCGUCUGCUUAACGAAAAAUGAAAAUAGAAAAUAAAUGUCUUACAAGACCACAGAUUAAAGGUAAAACUGACCUCACAUGGUUUAGUAAUGCAGGAGCAGUUCAGAGACAGGGGUCACAACACUUUUGGUUGAGAGUUAUCAGGCUGAUAAGAAUUAGGGGUUGUUUAUUGUGUCUCUCUGACCAGGUUCAAGCUCUUUAACUCUCAGCUUCUCCUGCAAAGAUUGUCUCUUUAGACACAUUAUUUUCCAGUGACUUAUCGGAGUUUUCUCUUAUAUCUUUCUUCUCUUUUUCCAGGGUGGCACCAGACUCAUGGAAACCAUUGGUUCCUGGAUUUUCUUCAUGAAGCCCAAGAUGACAAUCACAUCAUCGGAGACGCUGAAUCUGGUAACGGGAAGAGAGGUAAAACCGAGGUUAGUGUCUUGCAACUUGGCGACCUGUCAGUCCAAUCAGCCAUGACCCUAAUUAAGCCCAAUUAUAUAGGGUGACCAUAUUCUGACUUCCCAAAUAGAGGACACGGCUACAGGGACGGAGUCACAGAGACGCACAAAGUUCAUUUUGAGAGUUUUUUACACGCUUCUAACUCAGUAAGUCCACAUGGCACAAAAUCGAAACUUGCGUACAAAACCGUGGACAUUUGAAGGAUUUUAUAAACUUCCUCGGACAAAGCCGGACAGUCCCCAAAAAAGAGGACAUGUCCGGGUAAAAGAGGACGUAUGGUCACUCUAAAUUUAUCCUUGAUAAAGUCAAGUUUAAAAAGUCCCCCCAGAACCAGCGGGACUUAAAAUAUAUGAGGCAAUCCCAUCAGGGUUGUCUGCCUCCGGUGGACACUACAGGUACUGCCGUUUCCUUCAUUUCUCUUUCUUGUCUCUUUCUUAAUCAAAGAGACAAAAAAAACUCACCUACUCUCUUCCAGCAGCCGCUUGUUUGUAGCGAGACCUCGGGGCAGUCCAUUACAGACUACAGCGGGGAAGCUCAUGGAAGAACAUUUAUGAUCAUUUCGUUAUCAGAAUCAGAAUCAGAAAUACUUUAAAAAUGAAAUAAAGUAAAAAUAUAGAGAUAAAUGGAUAAAAUAAGUAAAAAUAUGGAGAUAAUAUACAAGUAUUUACACUAUAAACAACACAAAUAGUGGCAUCGUAUGCAUGUAAAACAGUGAGCAGAGUCCAGGUAAAGACUACUGACUGAGGGUGUCAGAGUCUCUGAGGGAGGAGUUAAAAAGUCUGAUGACCACCGUCAGGAAAGAUUUCCUGUGGCGCUCCAUGGUGCAUCGUGGAGCGAGGAGCCUUCACUGUGGAGAGGGUGGGAGACAUUGUCCAGUAUGGAGUGGAGCUUGGACGGCAUCCUCCUCUCUGACACGGCCAGCAGGGAGUCCAGCUCCACCUCCACAACAUCACCGGACGGUUUAUUGAGUCUGUUGGAGUCAGCGACUCUCAGCCCGCUGCCCCAGCAUGCAAAGUACUACGACAAAGUAACUCGGACAUAGACAGGUUGUAAAUAUACAAUGAUUAGGGAAAGGUCAAACAGAUACAAACUGUCAUAAGUAGAACACAGACUAAUCAUCAAACAGUGACAGAGACAAUAUAAGUUUAAAUAAGGAAAGAAACAUGAUCAUAACAAAUAAUGAUGUGUUUAAGACAUGAUUAGAUGAGAUUUUAAUGAUAUUUUAAAGGAUUUGAUUUUAGAGAUGCAUCCAGAUUAUUCCAUAGUUUCAGUCCUCUAAAAGUGAUGUUAGAAUGAUGACUAGAAGUUCGACAGGAAGGUAACUGGAGAUGGCCAUUUUGUCUUGUUAAGUACGAGUGAAGGUCAGAUGAAAAGGUAAAAUAGAUUCAGAAAGUUUCAGGAAGGUUUUGUUUCUUAUCGAUAAACUUGUGGACAAACAAACAAGAGUGAAAAACAUUGAGUUUGUCAAUCGGUGAGAUGGAGUAUUUAGAAAAGAGGUGCAGAAGGUUCAUGUCUGCUGGAUCGUGAUAUCAUUCUUAAGAAUCUUGCAUUUCCAUGAGAAAUGAUCAUAAAUGUUCUUCCUUGAGCUGCGGCACCCCGCUGUUGUCCGCAAUGAACUGGCCUGAGGUCUCGCUACAAACAAGCGGCUGCUGGAAGAGAGUAGGUGAGUUGUGUUUAGUCUCUUUGCUAAAGAAAUUAGGCAAAGCUAAAAAGAUGUUUGGUGGCUAGUACUAUGGCUGGGACCGCUGUGUAUUGCUAUUGUGCGGUCGUUUCUAAAGUUGGUAUAACUAGAGAAGUAAGCGGUCGGCAACAUUCCUCUCUGGUCGGGGUGUCUAACUCGGCGUCACGGUGUGUUUGACCCUAAAUUAAUUCUGCACUGGAAUAUCCCUUUAAGUUAAACUAUGGUUGGAGUUCAGUUAGGCGUUUUAGUUGGUGGCGCCCCCUUUUAUUACCGCUCCUCUUCGCUAGGAUGACCUGAUUUGUACCAAACAAAGGUGUUAGAGGUCUUACGGUAGUUUUUUGCAUCAUUCCUUCGUCUGCCGAUGUUUUGUUUACCACCUGGUUUCCAAAGCAACACAAGAGAUUCAAGCGGUCUGCAACAUUCAUCUUUCCAGGGGGCGUCUAACUUGGUGUCUAACUUGGUGUUUGACCCUAAAUCAAUUUUACGACGUAAUAUCCCUUUAAGAAGCAGGUCCAUCUGCCUCUCUGUUGAGCCUCUCCUAAAGGUUUUUCCAGGGGAAACAUUUGGAACCAGUGACCCACUGAGAUCUGAAUGAGGAGGACAUGACCACACCUCCUGUUACUCACUCUGUGUGGAUUGGCUGCUGGGAGUUCUCUCGCUCCUGGAUGUGGCUGCUGUUGAGGGUUUAUACUAUUAAAACUCUCCACUCUGCUCCAUCCUCUUUGACACUUGUUGCUGCUGCCUGCGCAGAGAGAGAGAGAGAGAGAAAGAGAGAGAGAGGGAGAGAGAGAAGGAGAGAGAGAGGGAGAGGACACCUGAACCGAUCUGCUCUUUCUUUUGGGAUUUCCCGCGGGGAGUGAUGAACUCCAUCGACCCCCAGUCCCAUCACCAGCACCACCAGCACACCUCCCCUACCGUCGGAUCUCUCCCACCCAAAGGCGCCCAGGAGGCCCCGGACAUGGCCGCUGUGUACUGCGACAACUUCAGCAGCAUGUACCACCAGCAGAGCCUGCAGGGCGCGCAGAGACCCGCGGGGUACGGCAUCGGGGAUUACGCAUCGUCUCCAAACCCGUACCUGUGGCUCAACGGGCCGGGCGUCAACUCCUCCGCGUCCUACCUGCACGGAAACAACCCGGCCUCCUUCAUCCCGCCCUCCUACGGCUCCCAGCGGCAGUUCAUAACGAACUCACCUGGCUUCGGAGGGCCAGACCUGGGCUGGUUAUCCAUCGCCAGCCAGGAGGAGCUGCUGAAGCUGGUCCGGCCGCCCUACUCCUACUCCGCGCUCAUCGCCAUGGCCAUCCAGAACGCGCAUGAGAAGAAGCUGACCCUGAGCCAGAUCUACCAGUAUGUGGCUGACAAUUUCCCCUUUUAUAAGAAGAGCAAAGCCGGCUGGCAGAACUCGAUCCGGCACAACUUGUCUCUGAACGACUGCUUCAAGAAAGUGCCGAGGGACGAGGACGAUCCAGGUACAGUGAACGCACCAAAGACGUGUAUUUUAUAACUUUACGCACGAGUUUACGCAUAUUUAAUGUUUUUGUUAGCAUGAAUAAUGGGAAUAAACGAGACUUUUUUACGCACCUUCAAUGCAAACACUCAAUAAAUUCUCAAAAGUCAUUAUAAACCUGACCUUACACUGUAAAAUAAUGCAUGAAAUUAAGAAAAGUGAUUCAUAUUUCUGAGUUGACUGAUUUUAAAAUUACAAGUUGAGCUCUUUCACUCACAUAAACUUUAUCAGAAGUUAUUAAACUUGAUAUCCUACACUGUAAAAAAUGAUGGUUACCUCUUCUCAAAACAGAGUCCAGGCUGCCAUCAGAGUUUCAGUUCAAUUAAUAUGUGAUAAAAAGUUGAACUUAAUAUGUAAAAGUUCCAAAAAAUCCUUCUUAAAUUGGAUCUUACACUGUAAAAAAAUACUUGAUUUAAAAAAAAUGUAUUGUAAUAUUUGUUCAUAAAAACUAAUGAUAUAUAUAAAAAAAUCUUAUUAAUUUGUUUAAAAAAAAAGUGUUCAUCUGAUUUAAUUGGGGAUAAAAAGUUGAGAUCUAUUUGGGUUCAUUUAUAAAAAUUUCUUGUCAAACUAACUGACUUUUGAUUGUUCAGUUUUUGUCGUCAGUGCACGGCCAAGCAGGACAUAAACCAAACCUUAUCGUAAUAACGCGACACAGACGGCCACAGCUUUAUAAAAUCACUCUGUACGUAUAAAAAUAUCUUCAACAGCGAACUCUUAAUUCGAUAAAUCCCUCCUCGUUUCAGUUAAAUCACUUUUUUAACGAUGUAAAAGCUCUCAUCAGUCGAGAUGACUUUCACGUUAAAUAUUGACUUAUCACAACACAUAUAUUAAAUUAAACUGGGGUUGAAUUGUCAGUUGCAGUGACUGAGUAUGUUUUUGCAGUGUAAGUUUGGUUAAAAAGUUUUAUCAACACUUUAAACUUUUUGCAAAAAAAACCAACAGGCCUUAAAACAUGAGCAUAGCAUAAAAACAUUAUAAUAAUACAUGAAAAAUAACUGCUGAUUCAUAGAGUUUUGCAAGAGUUUUGCAUCUGUUUUCUAAAGACAUAAAGUUACUCUGCAAAAACUCAAAACUCAAACAUCUUUGUUUUAUUUCUAGUUAUAAAACCAGGUAAAUGUUUUAUUUUAAUGGACUAAAAUCCAAAAUUAAGACCUGAGCUGCUUGCAAUCAGUAAAAAAAGUGGAGCGAUAAAUUAUAUUUAGACAUUUUUUAAGACAUAAGACGAGGAACUUAAACUUUAUUUCUAUAACACUUUGUUUUUUUCCCCCAAGUUGCAGUUUUAUCCCUUAUUUGGAGAAAUCAGGUCAUAUUUUUGGGCUCGUCAUGUAUCAAAAAACAGAAAUCUAUCUUGGUUUACUAGGUACAUGUGACGUAUAUUACCAGAAAUAAGACACAUGCUUAAUUUAAGGUUUUUGCAGUGAAAGGGCUCCAUAUUUAAUAUUAGAAAAUCUUCUUUAUACCCAAUAUAUCAAUGAAAUAUUUAACUAUAUUAUGUCGUCUCUCAAAUAUUAUUCAUGCUUGCUACUGUACAAUAAAAAUGCUGUUUUAAUCCUCAUAUAUAUCUCAGCUUAAAGCAGGAGCUCCUGAACUUUUCAGCCUGUGACUUUCACUGAUAUUAGAUCAACAUAUAAACAGGAUAUUAAAAUAAAAAUUAAAAAUCAUUUUAGAGUUAAAAUAAAUACAAAAAAGGGCUUCAAUGUAGAAAACACGUUAUCUAAGGUGAGUCUGUUUGAAGUCAUAUCCCUAACUAGUCCAUAUAGACGUUUUACUUAAACAGCAAAUGCAAAAUAAAACAGUGAUCUCUCAUAAUAAGUACAUUAAAUGUCAGUUUUAACGUCUUAAUUUAAGAUAUUUCACAAGUGUAUUUUUCUUAUCUUAGAGGCCGUUUUUCUCUCAUCAUGACCGGUUCAGACCUCUUUUUUUUUUUUUUGCUCAUAUUUUAGAUUCGAUGUCUGUUUGAGAUUUUCAGGUGAGCAUAGUUUUAAAUUAGCCUGAUAAUGACUUAAUUUUAUUAGAAAUAAGACAAAAAAAAAUUGCUUUGCUUUGAGUUUUUGGAGUAAAGACGCCUAAAAGUAGAGACUUGUGUGCUCACAUGUUGCUGUUAUUAUUCUGUCAUGAUCACCUCAGGGGUCAUGUGGCGAUGCAGGAAACUAGCAGUGAUGACACGUUUGUAAAAUCUUAAAUAUUUUUUAAAAAGGAUAAUUAAGUAAAAGAAACAGGUUCAAUUAUGAGCAGAGUUUUUUGGACGUCACCUUUGACCCCUUUGACAGUGUCUCACAAGCUCCACUUUGGAGUCACCGCUCCAGACCGCAAUAACAGUCAGCUCAGAAAAGUUUGUGAAAUUUGAGACGUUAUAAUCAUUUCAAAACGUGAGACAGAAGUCGCUGCAGUUGACUUUCAGUGAGUUUAUUUGUUGUUUUUUAAAAAGACCAAAAAGAGUAAAAAAUUUGGAAAAAUUAAGAAGAUUUUUAUGGAAAAUAAUCUGUAACUUCAUUUAAAAUAAAUUCAAAUUUCAGUCAAAUUCUUGGUUUUAUUUCAUUUCCUUGUUUCUUUGUUCCUCACAGGAAAAGGAAACUACUGGACCUUGGAUCCAAACUGUGAAAAGAUGUUUGACAACGGGAAUUUCCGCAGGAAAAGAAAAAGACGCUCAGACCCCAGCAGCGCAGGAGGAGCCGCAGCAGUCGGAGCGUCAGGGGCCACAAAAGUGGAGGACAGUAGGCCGGCGCUGGGGGCCUCACUGAAGCCUGCAGACAGUCCUCAGCUGCUGGGGCCGGCCUCUCCGGAGAUGGAGGCCAUGAACGACAACCACAAGGGCUCCUCGUCGUCGUCUUCGCCACCCGGACUGUCCUCCAGCGCUGCGUGUUUUAAUAAUUUUUACAGCAGCAUGUCCACGCUCGGUUCAGGGGGCCCCAGCCGGCAGGGGUCCCUGGGACUGGUGAACGAGCUGUCAAACAGGAACAUUACCGCCUUGAGCCCGUACCACCUGAACCACGGCGGGCAGGACACGGGGGCCGCCGAGCACAGCGAGGGUCUGCAUUUUAACCGUGGAGUGUACUACAACACGUUUGGCGGCGGGCAGAGCGGACAGUUCAACAGUCACUUCUACAACAGCUUCAGCGUCAACAGCCUGAUUUACCCGCGAGAGGGGAGCGAGCUAUAGGAGCGAGGUUUAUUAAGACCUGCGGCCGGGUGAAUCCGUCUGAGACGCAAGAAACAAAAAAAACGAACGCUGACUUCAUCUGAGAGAGGCGCCUGACCUGGUGCAUGCUGGGUAGCUUCUCUCUGCAUCAUAAACACAGACGCCCCGUCAUCAGUCAGUUCACUGGAGAGAGUCUGUAAGUUAUUGAACUUGAGGAGAAACUCGAGCUGUGGAAACACCAGCCUGAAACAAAAACGAGCACUUAUCCUUUUACUCUUUUUUUAAACUACUAUCUUAAAGCUUCGUCUUCACGCUAAAAACACGUGCAAAGGAAGUCAACUACUGAACA